AUGUCAUCCCCUCCGGUUCAAAGGCCAUUCCCUCAGCCAGAACAGGGAUCUACUGUGCCAUUCUGGCGCACCGAGCUUGACCCUCUUGAUGACCACCAGACAACCCCAUUCCCCACUGAAACCGAUAUUCUGAUCAUCGGAGGUGGUUACGUAGGCGCAUCGGCUGCCUAUCGCCUCCUUGUCGAAAACAAGCAAGAUCCUCCUCCUCGAGUAACUCUCGUGGAAGCCCGAGGUCUUUGCUCUGGCGCCACCGGGCGCAACGGGGGACAUCUCAGACCCGAUAUUUACUCUGCAACUGCAUUGUUCAAUGAGCGUUAUGGCCUUGAAGCUGCGGCGGAGGUGGUGAGAUUUGAAAUAUCCCACCUCAAGUUGAUAGAAGAGCUGGUUCGCAAAGAGAACAUCGAUUGCGAACUCACUUUCACGCGCUCCUAUGAUAUGUAUUAUGACGAAGAGCAGCUGAAGAAAGCCAAGGUCUUCUAUGACUUCCUAGUCAACGAGGGCCUGGACUUCAUGGAUGAUGUCGAGUACAUGACCGAGUCCGAUACUCGUGAACAAGCUCACGUCCGAGGUGCCAAGGGAGGCUUCAGCUUUUCCACUGGACAUCUCUGGCCUUAUAAACUCAUCACACAACUUGUUCGAAUUGCCUUGACUCACGGGCUCAAUCUUCAAACACACACUUUAGUGUCUGAAGUCGGAGAAUCGCCCUCUGCAGAUGGGUUAUGGCCCGUCACAACCAGCCGUGGAGUCAUUCAUGCCCGCAAGAUCAUAUUCGCUACCAACGCGUUCACUAGCGCGUUGGCGCCGCAGUACGCGAAGGCUAUCGUUCCAUGCAAGGGCAUUUGCACCCAUAUAACAGCUGCUCCCGGUGCGCCGUAUCGUCAUCUUCCUGGGACUUAUGCUGUUCGGCUUGGUCCUGGUGCAUUCAUAUAUCAGAUCACACGCAAGGAUGGGUCGCUUAUUGUUGGUGGUGCAUCACAUACUUUCAAAGAUGAUGAAGAGCAGUGGCACAACAACCCUGAUGACGGUAAAUUAAUCGAUGUUGGUGUGAAUUUCCUUAAGGGGUACAUGCAACGUACAUUCCUGGGUUGGGAGGAUAGCGGAGCCGAGGCAAGACAUGUCUGGAGUGGAGUCAUGGCCUAUAGCGCGGAUUCACUGCCUCAUGUUGGAGGCGUUCCUGGGAAGCCGGGACAAUUCAUCGCCGCUGGGUUCAACGGCCAUGGCAUGCCUGUUGCAUUCCUCUCUGGUAAAGCCGCUGCCGAUAUGGCGCAGAACUCGAUCUCGUUUGAAGAGACCGGGCUUCCUAGAUUGUUCAAAACAACCGAGGCUCGAUUGGAUCCGAUUUACGAUGACACCAGAUAA